CUCCGGGAGGCGGCGGCGGCGGAAGCGGCUAGGGCGGCGGGCGUCCGGCUCUGAGGUGGAGGCGGCAGCGGCAGCGGCGGCUUGGGAGUGGGCUCGGCUAGGAGGAGCGAGGGUCGGGGCGCUGCUGAGAACGCCAGUCCCCCGGCUCGACCCUCUGCCCACUGCCCGGACGCCUGGGCCGCGGAGUUUGUGUCCCGGCUCGGACCCCGGCGCCCAGCCCGGAGCCGUAACCUUGAGGCGGCGGCGGCGGGGCCGGGCCGGGCCGGGCCGGGGGGCGGCGGCACUGGAUCCACGGCUGCCCGAUCGCUGGCGGGAGAUGUCGAACCCCGGGACGCGCAGGAACGGCUCCAGCAUCAAGAUUCGUCUGACAGUAUUAUGUGCCAAGAACCUUGCAAAGAAAGACUUCUUCAGACUCCCUGACCCCUUUGCAAAGAUUGUUGUGGAUGGGUCUGGACAGUGCCACUCAACCGACACUGUGAAAAACACAUUGGACCCAAAGUGGAACCAGCACUAUGAUCUGUAUGUUGGGAAAACUGAUUCUAUAACCAUCAGUGUGUGGAACCACAAGAAAAUUCACAAGAAACAGGGAGCCGGUUUUCUGGGCUGCGUGCGGUUACUUUCCAAUGCCAUCAGCAGAUUAAAAGAUACUGGAUACCAGCGUUUGGAUCUAUGCAAACUAAAUGCCUCAGAUACUGAUGCAGUUCGUGGCCAAAUAGUGGUAAGUUUACAGACUCGAGACAGAAUAGGCACUGGAGGCCCAGUGGUGGACUGCAGAGGACUGUUAGAAAAUGAAGGAACUGUGUAUGAGGACUCAGGGCCGGGAAGGCCGCUCAGCUGCUUCAUGGAGGAACCAGCCCCUUACACAGACAGUACCGGUGCUGCUGCUGGUGGAGGGAUUUGUAGGUUCGUGGAGUCCCCAAGUCAAGAUCAAAGACUUCAGGCACAGCGACUUCGAAAUCCUGAGGUGCGAGGUUCAUUACAGACACCUCAGAACCGACCACAUGGCCACCAGUCCCCUGAACUGCCAGAAGGCUAUGAACAAAGAACAACAGUACAGGGGCAAGUUUACUUUUUGCACACACAGACUGGAGUUAGCACAUGGCACGACCCCAGGAUACCAAGUCCCUUGGGGACCCUUCCUGGGGGAGAUGAAGCUUUUCUAUACGAAUUUCUUCUACAAGGCCAUACAUCUGAGCCCAGAGACCUUAACAGUGUGAAUUGUGAUGAACUUGGACCACUGCCACCAGGUUGGGAAGUCAGAAGCACAGUUUCUGGAAGAAUAUAUUUUGUAGAUCAUAAUAACCGAACUACCCAGUUUACAGAUCCGAGGUUACACCACAUCAUGAAUCACCAGUGCCAACUCAAGGAGCCCAGCCAGCCGCUGCCCCUGCCUAGCGAAGGCUCUCUGGAAGAUGAGGAACUUCCUGCCCAGAGAUACGAACGAGAUUUAGUCCAGAAACUAAAGGUCCUCAGACAUGAAUUAUCACUUCAGCAGCCCCAAGCUGGACAUUGCCGCAUUGAAGUAUCCAGAGAAGAAAUAUUUGAGGAGUCUUACCGCCAGAUAAUGAAGAUGCGACCAAAAGACUUGAAAAAGCGACUAAUGGUGAAAUUUCGUGGAGAAGAAGGUUUGGAUUAUGGUGGAGUGGCAAGAGAGUGGCUUUAUUUAUUGUGCCAUGAGAUGUUGAAUCCAUAUUAUGGCCUCUUCCAGUAUUCCACGGACAAUAUUUACAUGUUGCAAAUCAACCCAGAUUCUUCAAUCAACCCUGACCACUUGUCUUAUUUCCACUUUGUGGGUCGGAUCAUGGGGCUGGCUGUGUUCCAUGGACACUACAUCAAUGGGGGCUUCACAGUGCCCUUCUAUAAGCAGCUGCUGGGGAAGCCCAUCCAGCUCUCAGAUUUGGAAUCCGUGGAUCCAGAGCUGCAUAAGAGCUUAGUGUGGAUUCUAGAGAACGAUAUCACCCCAGUGCUGGACCACACUUUUUGCGUGGAACACAAUGCUUUUGGGAGGAUUCUUCAGCAUGAACUGAAACCCAAUGGUAGAAAUGUGCCCGUCACAGAGGAGAACAAGAAAGAAUAUGUUCGGUUAUAUGUAAAUUGGAGGUUUAUGAGAGGAAUCGAAGCCCAGUUUUUAGCUCUUCAGAAAGGGUUCAAUGAGCUCAUUCCUCAACACCUACUGAAGCCUUUUGACCAGAAGGAACUAGAGUUGAUAAUAGGCGGCCUGGAUAAAAUAGACUUGAAUGACUGGAAGUCAAACACGCGACUGAAGCACUGUGUGGCUGACAGCAACAUCGUCAGGUGGUUCUGGCAAGCAGUGGAGACGUUUGAUGAAGAAAGGAGGGCCCGGCUCCUACAGUUUGUGACUGGAUCUACAAGAGUCCCUCUCCAAGGCUUCAAGGCUUUGCAAGGUUCUACAGGCGCGGCAGGGCCCCGGCUCUUCACCAUCCACCUGAUAGAUGCAAAUACAGACAACCUUCCGAAGGCCCACACCUGCUUUAACCGGAUUGACAUCCCACCUUAUGAAUCCUAUGAGAAACUCUACGAGAAGCUGCUGACAGCGGUGGAGGAGACCUGUGGGUUUGCUGUAGAGUGAAGAGCAACCAAAGGCAACAGAGUCUAGCUCAUGACCACCAGACCAAAAGCAUAUAGCUUCUGUGUGCCUCCCACAAAGCUGGCUGAGGCCCUGGAAUUCUGGAUUAUCUGAGGGAAAAGGGUUGUCUGCCUCCUUUUAUUAGAGGAGGGGGACAGGAGACUUUCAUUGGUGGCUCCUACCCAUAUAUCCCUCCUUUUGUUAUAGUACUCCCAACCCCCUUCCAUCACCCAUCCAAUAAAAUGUAGCCAGGGUUAGCCUUUGGCCUCAGUUACACAGAUAGUCUGCAGUUGCAACCCAUGUGGUGAUAAGGCUCACAGUCCUGUGUACUUUACAGGAGCAUCAACCAACCCACAGUUAGGGGACUGAGCCAGGCUUACUGAGGGUUUGGAACUGGUAGCAAUACCAGUUUUUCCAUCUCAAAACAAUCCUCAGGCCCUCUUCACAUUCAGAAGCUACUGGAAAUCUUACCAGAGCUCAGAUUGCAAAUUUUACAUCCUUGAAGCCUAUUCUGGGUAGCAGAUUGGUUUCUAACUGAAAAAUAACUGUAUAUUAUACACUUAGUGGAAUUCUACCACAGCAGGAAACUUGAGUCAAAAUGUUUUUCCCCUUUGAAAGGUGAAGGAAUUAGACCAGCUUUUACUGGAGGCCCAGGGAUUUUGUUUGUUUUGUUUUGGUUUUGGUUUUGGUUUUUUCAGGGUAUCCUGGCUGGAAAUUUUGUUUUACACAAAGAAAAAUGAUCUUUUCUUUUUAAGGGUCCCUUUUGCUGCAUUAUCUAUCCAGUUUGACAUUUUUUUUUUCCGGUGAAAACACCAAGUAACAAAGUUUACAAAAAGAACAGACUCAGACCAGCCCCAGAGCCAGUCAGUCCCAAAGCUGUGACUCUUGUGCCACCAUUGUAUGUAGAGAAACAUUGACUGUGUCACUGAAAUGUAUUAACAAACUAUGCUACAGUAAUUGCUGAGAGCUAAACUAACAUAACAAAAUUCUGUGAUCAUAGCUGCUGGGUUGGUGUGAACUCAAAGCAAGGGGGGAAGAGUCAUCUCAGGGUCAUAAAUUUACCCAAAGUGUUCUUGUUUUACAAGAAGUAAGGCAUGGAUUCAAACCUAUGACCUCAGAGAGGACAACUCCACACUGACUUGUUUGGCUCUUUCCCCAAGAGCGGAUGGUGACACUAACAACCAGAUUCACUUGCCCAAAUGUUUAUAUAUGAUGAAGAAGGCCAAAGCAAGCUUAGACUCGAAGUUUCUAACACCAUUUCCAGUUCACACAAAAGUUCAAACAGUAUUUUAUUUUAAACAAAGUGGCUUGAUUUCAGAUAGCCAGAUUUUGGGAAAAAGCAGCAGCAGCAACAAAUUUUCCUGUUUGGUUUGUUGUUGUUGUUUUUGUUUUGGGGUGGGGGUGAGUACAGAGUAAUCCACUAGCAAGACAUUUCACUGCUUUUGAAGUCUCUAAGCGAUGGGAUCCAGCUCUGAGUCUGGGGAUGGCCUAAGAAGAACCUUUUGAACAACUGUUUUUAUCUGUUCUUUUUUGUUACUGUUACCUGUAGACCUCCGUGGUGGCUGUGAAGGAUACUUACCCUGCUGUGGCUCCUUUGCCUGCCCCAGAAGCAGUUUGUGGUCUGAUGUGGGGAAUGCUUAGUUAUCACAGGUCAUAGACUCUCCCCCUAACAAGAGGCUUGCCCGUUUGAUGUGCCGGGAGCUGUGAGAGCGCCACAUUUCUGGGCCGCUGAGGUUCUGGGAUAGACUGGCAGCAAGAGGAAAGUUUAAUCCAUUCAAAAAGUCCAGGCCAAAUUGGGCUUAUUCUCUUGCACAAAUUCUUCCUUGUCCCAGUUGGGCUCAUCCUUUGUCUCAUUCAUAAUGAUGCUUUCUGAGGUUGUUCUAGAAACUGGUUCCCCGGUGAGUCUAUCCAGUCUUCCCUUAAUCUUCCUCUUGAAGGUGAGGAAGUAAAAAUGAUAGACCUCCCCCAGAGUGUCUGCUCUCUAACUUGAGUCUAAACCAUGGGAGGCAUAAGAGACAGCCAACAGAGAACUGACGCUGUCUCCAGAAUGAGGUCAGAAGCACUGCCUGAUUUUCCUGGUGGUGUUACCCAAAAUCUUCAGUAAUUAGGAAGGAAACCAGGGUCUUGUGGUUUAAAAGAUUUUGAAGCAGGAAUGUUGCAUUUGACGCCUUUAAAACUACCUUCUUGCUGUUGGGAGGAGCUGGGUGCGGGCCUUAGAAGCCACAUCCGCCAGCCCCAUGCCGGUAGGUGCUGCCUCUUGUGGGUCAGUGUCACUUCAUCCAAAGUCCAGAGGGUUGUGUCCUGGGGCCUCUUUGGCAGACACAUGAGUUCCCAUCCCAUACAGGCCUCAUCUCUGCUUUUCUACUUGCACUGGCGUGUGGGUUUGCUGCCUCUUUCUUGGGCACCGCCAUAGCUGUGUGAGUGUCGCAGACAUUUUAGAGCUCCAGUUCACUCUUCCCAAACAGGCCUCUCUGUCAGUGGCAUUGUAUUUCUGGAACCUUAAAUACCUAUAAUGGUUUGGUCUUUUUAAACCACCCCAAAGAACACAAGGUGGCAAGCAAAUGGUAAAAGCUCCCGAUUGCUCCACUUUGGUCCACGUGAAGCCCAUUCACGUGUGAUGUUGUUCAUUGCCUCUGUUGGUGGUCCCAGACGACCCACCCACUUUCCCUUGCCCCUCUGCCCAGAUGCUUCAGGGGCAUGACUUUGCAGGCUUGUCCUCACCAGCGGUCAUCAGCCGACACUCAGGGAUGUAGCAAACCACCCCUCUGCCAGUGCUUCCGUAGGAAAGGCCAGGGCUGCCUGGGGUGCUUGGGGUAACAGGGAACAGCUCUCUUGAGUUCUGAAGGAGGAUCUGCCACCAGAUCAAGCUUUGACCCCUCAGCUUUGUUCAGCUGUAUGGUUCAAAUUCAGGCUAGGCGGUCAUCAAAUCUGACAUGUCAGGAAUGGCCUGCAGAGAAAAUGCUGCCCCAUCCCACCUGCAGCCAGGUGUGUGCCGCACGGCAGCCUUCCCGAAACAUAGUAUGAAUUUUUAAAGUUUGUUUAUUUUUGUUUCUCAACCACUUUAUAAUGUAUUUUUUAAUUUAUUUUGUAAUGUCUUGUUUUUAAGUAUUGCUGCUAUCCUUGUUAUUCUUCCCACUGUUUUUAUUGCUGAUUUAUUUUGUGGAAGUUGUACACUAAUGUCCUGUUUUAUGUCAAAAUCAAAAGUAUUUAAAGAAAUACUAGUUCUAUUUAAUGUGGUUAUGGAACCAGCUGGGAACACAAAACAAACAGCGAUUGUACAGCAGGCUGGACCCAGGAGGUCAGGUUCAUUUUGUUACAUAUGCAAUAAACUCACGACUUUACA